GCAGCAGCAUUUAUUGAUAUUUUAUUUGUCACAUAUGUACAGUCCCCUCAGAGGCUAGAAAAGAGCAUUGGAUCUCUUUGAACUGAAGGAACAGAGGAUUGUGAACCGCCACGUAGUUUUUGGGAAUUGAACCUCUGGAGAGCAACCAGUGUUUUUAACUGAUGAACUGUUUCUCCAAGUGUCUUUCUUUGACCUUGAAGAAUCGAAUUAGGCUACAAUAUCAUAUAUCGCCAGGGCAUACACACAAGGCACCAGGUGGCUGGGAUAAGCAAACCCCUCACAAUAUAGACAAUCUACCUGAGAACUUGGGAGUCAGGUAGAUCAUUAGCUGGAAGAUUCUGGAAGAGGUUGCGUAUCAACAGUUACUUUGCUUUCUUUCCGUUAGAAUUACGAUGUGCAGUUUUUGUGGCGAGUCACGCGUGUCUACAUUUAUUGCCUAGAGCUAGCGGGACCUGUAGAAACAAGUUUUAUUAUUUUUUUUUAAUGGGUUGAGCUACUGAACCUUUUUACACGGAUGAUUUCCGCCUGGAGUGUUUGACCAGAAGUCUGUCGGAAGGUAAAAAAGGACGAGUCUUUGGGUCCUAAUACUUCAACUCAAGCAGUACUUUUGCAUUUAUUCUCUGGACUUAGGUAGAAGGGGUCUUAUUUAUGUAGCCGAAAAGCCAGCAGCCCUUUGCCGUAACGGAAUAAGACCGGAAAGAUCUCCUCCCAUUUUCUGCACCCGAACUGACAAUCUCUCUCUUUCCCAAGGGGCAAGGCAGGACCGUCCCCCAGCACCUGGCAGGGUGUGUCACUAGGCUGUCUAAGCCACCCGGACCCCUUGCACACUUGCGAGGAAAACACCAGAGAAGCAGUGACAGCACUGAAGCCAAACCAUAACUCCCGGCAGGCCCUGCGGAGAAGCGUGCCUUCUAAUUGGGCAGUGGCUAACAGCGUGCCUUUCCAUUGGGCAGCAGCUCCACCAGCCGUCAAAGCCGCUGCGCGCAGGGCACGGCGGGAGAGGAGGCCGCGGGAUUUGCGGCCGUACUUCAUCUCCCGGCGGGCCCAGCGCUGAAGGCGGUGGCGCGACGCCUUUGUGGAAGCCGGAGCCCACCGGGAGGAAGUUCCGGUCUCCGGGACGCUGGGUCCGUGGCGGCCUCUGAGGAGGAGGAGAAGCGGGCCGCGGCGGCUACGCUGCUUUGGUACCACCGUGCUAGAGUUUGGUAGGAAAAAGAUCUACUUAUUGAAGCUUUCUUGACAUAGAAAGAGAUGUGGGGGGAUUCUCGAUCUGCUAACAGAACAGGACCUUUUCGGACUGGGUGAAAGCUUUUUCUGCAGCAGUCAUGUUGAAAACCUUGUGUUGACUUACCUCGUGUUCUGAAAUGGGAGCAUAAAAGUUUACUCGGACACCUCAUCUUAAAAUAGCAAAACUUGCUGUUUUCUGCAGAUCUAGGACCUUGUUACAGAACUCUGCCCCCCAAAAUAUGUUUACAGAAGAAUAUGCUGUGAUUAGAGAAGAAUAUGCUGGUGUGUAGAUUUCAAACUCUCUGGACAAUAUGAAUAACCCUGUCUUUGUUUCUACAGUGGGAGCCAAGAAGAAAGGUUUGCUCCCGGGUGGAACAGGGAUUAUCCUCCUCCUCCCCUUAAGAGUCAUGCUCAAGAGAGACACUCUGGCAACUUUCCUGGCAGAGAUUCACUUCCCUUUGAUUUCCAGGGGCAUUCAGGACCUCCCUUUGCAAAUGUAGAGGAGCAUUCUUUCAGCUAUGGAGGUAGAGAUGGACCACAUGGUGACUAUCAAGGAGGGGAGGGACCUGGACACGAUUUCAGAGGGGGAGAUUUUUCAUCUUCGGAUUUCCAGAGUAGAGAUUCAGCACAGUUGGACUUCAGGAACAGGGACAUACAUUCUGGGGAUUUUCGGGAUAGAGAAGGACCACCUAUGGACUACAGGGGUGGAGAUGGUACUCCUAUGGAUUAUAGAGGUAGGGAGACACCUCAUAUGAAUUAUAGAGACAGGGAUUCUCAUACUGUUGACUUUAGAAGUAGAGAUGUCCCUCCAACUGACUUUAGGGGGCGGGGCACAUAUGAUUUAGAUUUUAGAGGCCGAGAGGGAUCCCAUUCAGAUUUUAGGGGAAGAGAUUUAUCAGAUUUGGAUUUUAGAUCCAGAGAUCAGUCUCGUUCUGAUUUUAGGAACAGAGAUGUAUCUGAUUUGGACUUCAGGGAUAAAGAUGGAACACAGGUGGACUUUAGAGGCCGAGGUUCAGCUACUACUGAUCUAGACUUUAGGAACAGGGAUACACCACAUUCGGAUUUCAGAGGUAGACAUCGUACUAGGACUUACCAAGAUUUUCGGGGCAGAGAGGUAGGACCUUGUAUGGAAUUUAAAGAUAGGGAGAUGCCUCCUAUGGAUCCAAAAGUUUUGGAUUACAUUCAGCCUUCUCCACAAGAGAGAGAACAUUCUGGUAUGAAUAUGAACAAGAGAGAAGAAUCCAUACAUGACCAUGCAAUGGAAAGACCUGCUUUUGGUGUUCAGAAGGGAGAAUUUGAGCAUUCAGAAACAAGAGAAGGAGAAACACAAAGUGGAACUUUUGAACAUGAAUCUCAAUCAGACUUUCAAAACAGCCAAAGUCCAGUUCAAGAACAAGAUAAGCCAAAGCUUUCUGGAGGUGAACAACAGAGUUCAGAUGCUGGUCUGUUUAAAGAAGAAGGUGAUUUGGACUUUCUUGGCCAACAAGACACUGAUUACAGAAGCAUUGAAUACUGUGAUGUGGAUCACAGGUUGCCAGGAAACCAGAUUUUUGGCUAUGGCCAGAGCAAGUCAUUUUCUCAGGGCAAAAUGUCCAGAGAUGCCCAACAAGACCUUCAGGAUCAAGAUUAUAGGACUGGCCCAAGCGAGGAGAAACCUAACAGGCUUAUUCGAUUAAGUGGGGUUCCAGAAAAUGCCACAAAAGAAGAGAUUCUUAAUGCCUUUCGAACUUCUGAUGGCAUACCUGUAAAGGACUUGCAGUUGAAGGAGUAUAACACAGGGAACUCUAAUGAUCCAUGACAAAGAGGUCACUCUUGAGUAUGUACCAAGCCCAGAUUUUUGGUACUGUAAACGAUGUAAGGCUAGCACUGGUGGGCAUCAGUCUUCUUGUUCAUUCUGCAAGGGCCCAAAGGAAGAAGUCAAGCAGGAACUAGUGUCCUAUCCUCAACCUCAGAAAACAUCCAUACCAGUACCUUCAGAAAAACAGCCCAACCAGCCACGACCUGCUGAUAAGGAGCAUGAACUCAGGAAACGGGAGGAAGGCCAAGAGUCAAGAUUAGGACAUCAGAAGAGAGAUACAGAAAGAUACUUCCCUCACUCUCGAAGGGAAGGGCUUACUUUCCGAAGAGACCGGGAAAAGGAGCCAUGGUCUGGAGAUUCACGCCAGGAUGGGGAGAGUAAAACAAUCAUGCUAAAGCGUAUCUAUCGUUCCACUCCACCCGAAGUGAUAGUCGAAGUGCUGGAGCCCUACGUGCAUCUCACUACUGCCAAUGUCCGCAUCAUCAAGAACAGGACUGGCCCCAUGGGUCACACUUACGGUUUUAUAGACCUUGACUCCCAUGCAGAAGCUCUUCGAGUAGUGAAGAUUUUGCAGAACCUUGAUCCACCAUUUAGCAUUGAUGGGAAGAUGGUAGCUGUAAACCUGGCCACUGGAAAACGAAGAAAUGAUUCUGGGGACCAUUCUGACCACAUGCAUUACUAUCAGGGUAAAAAAUAUUUUCGAGAUAGGAGAGGAGGAAACAGAAAUUCAGACUGGUCUUCAGAUACAAAUCGACAAGGGCAACAGUCAUCAUCUGACUGCUACAUAUAUGAUUCUACUACUGGCUACUAUUAUGACCCCUUGGCAGGAACUUACUAUGAUCCCAACACCCAGCAAGAAGUCUAUGUGCCCCAGGACCCUGAGUCACCUGAUGAAGAAGAAAUCAAGGAAAAGAAAUCUACCAGUCAAGGAAAGUCAAAUAGCAAGAAAGAAACAUCUAAAAGAGAUGGCAAGGAGAAAAAAGACAGAGGAAUGACAAAGUUUCAAGAAAGUACCAGUGAGGGGAAGCCUCCCCUAGAAGAUGUUUUUAAGAAGCCUCUACCUCCUACUGUGAAAAAGGAAGAGAGUCCUCCUCCACCUAAGGUGGUAAAUCCACUGAUUGGUCUCCUGGGUGAAUAUGGAGGAGACAGUGACUAUGAGGAAGAGGAAGAAGAGGAACAGGCUCCUCCUGUGCAGCCUCGCACAGCACAGCCUCGCGAGGAAAUGACCAAGAAAGAGAAUGAAGACGACAAACUCACUGACUGGAAUAAACUGGCUUGUCUGCUCUGCAGAAGGCAGUUUCCCAAUAAAGAAGUUCUUACGAAACACCAACAACUGUCCGACCUGCACAAGCAAAACCUGGAAAUUCACCGGAAGAUAAAACAGUCAGAGCAAGAGCUCGCCUAUCUGGAGAGGAGAGAGCGGGAGGGAAGGUUUAAAGAAAAAGGAAAUGACCGAAGGGAAAAACUACAAUCUUUUGAUUCUCCAGAAAGGAAACGGAUUAAAUACUCCAGAGAAACAGACAGUGAUCGUAACCCUGUUGAUAAAGAAGACACUGACACUAGUAGCAAAGGAGGCUGUGCCCAGCAGGCCACUGGCUGGAGGAAAGGGGCGGGCCUGGGAUAUAGCCAUCCUGGAUUGGGUUCAUCAGAGGAGAUUGAAGGGCGGAUGAGGGGACCUGGGGGUGGUCCCCCAGGAAGAACCAGCAAGAGACAGUCUAAUGAGACUUACCGAGACGCUGUUCGAAGAGUCAUGUUUGCUCGAUAUAAAGAACUCGAUUAAGAGUGGAGACACCCCGCAGGACACAAUUUCCUCUUUGUUUUGUUUGUCCUUUUCUCCUUUUGUUUUGUUACUGUUCUUGCUGCUAGAACUUUUUUAAAUAAACUUUUUUUCAAUGUGAA